UGCAAUUGGACAUCCAAAAAAUGAAGCUCACCAACGUCCUGUGCAUUGCUGUGGCUGUCAGCCUGCUGGCUGGCGCCCAGGCCGCCUCCUUCCCUUACAGCUCGGUAUGCGCUCAGCAGCCGGCCGUCUACUCCGUGGAGUCGACCAUCAUUGAGCGCCCCAACAACACCUACUGCUUUAAGAUCGCUGUCAACGUGCCUGCUAACUGCGCUGGCUACUGCUGCUCGGCUGACCUUUACAAGUUCGAGCUGAGCAUCAACCCUAUCUGCAAGAUUAGCGGCGCCAAGCUGAGCUCUACCCUCAACGGCAAGCCAACCCCCACCCAGCCUUCUAUCGACAAGGCCCCCAACGAGCCGGCUGGUGCCAUCCUGCGCAUUCCGAACCUGGGCCUCAAGAUGUCCAACGCCGAUGGCGCCGAGAUUUGCGUGAGCCUGGGCACCAACUCCGCCGGCAGGGGCUGCCUCUCCCUGGAGCAGCUCUGCAAGCCACCGGCCGGCGGUGCUCCCGGCACCUGCGAGACUGCCCUGUGGGACUCCAAGUUCAAGUGCUGCCCAACGGACGUUACUGUGCCCAACUCUCCGCUUCUGCCCCCGCCCCCCAUCAACUGCACGUGCGACUACAAGGCAGGUUCCACGCCAUUCACUGUUGGCGCCGCCGCCACUGCUACCCCCACCACUUCGGGAACCACCGUGUACUGCCUGCCGAUCACCACCACGGACACCUUCACCCCAGCUGGUUGCGGCCCGGUCGACAUCCUGCACAAGAUCGAGAUGUACGCAAACCAGGAUCAGAGGGCUGCGAUUAAGAGCCUGAAACUGGUCUCCGGCAGCACCACCACGACCCUCGCGGCCUCCUGGAACGGCGCUAACAGCAACACUCUGAAGUUCACCCCGAUCAACUGGACCAAGGCUCAGGCCGCGAACUCCAAGGUCUGCGUGGAGCUCAAGAACCCAACCACCCUUUCGGACUUCUGCCUCGGCAGCAAGUGCUACCUCUUCAUCUUCAACGCCAACAGGGCGUGCUGCCCGAUGUACACGGUUCCGGUUUAAUGGCUAAACCGCACAUCGUUACGCUCUUGGCAAGUUGACGGAGGGCCAAGGCACGUAAGGUCUGCGCCUGGAGGAUUGACAGGUUUUCUUUCUCUUUAGCAGUGCCGGAUUGCGUGGCCAAGAAUGCCACGUGUGGCACUAUGAUUGGCAUCUUUUGUGUCGCAGCGUGCGCAGCAAGAUUUUCCGCAUCGGAUUUAAUUGCGCGCAGCAGGAUGUGCGCAGCAUGAUAUUCCGUAAUCGGAUUUUAUCCGUUGACUGGUUACAGAUCUGACAUAACAGGUGGACAUCAUUCCCUGCCCCAGCUGCCGUGAUGGUGUAAUUGAAAUGGGACUGGAAAACGAACGCGCGUGGUGGAUAGAAUUAGGUGGUCUUAACAUGCCGCGGCAUCGCAACAGUUGUCAAGCAAGGCUGUUUGUUCUUUGGCGACUGGCUUGGCAUCCAUUCCUGGUGGAUGUGACCUGCGGCGCGGUGUUCCCAUUGCAAGCUGUCAGGAACAUUUAUUCGUAACUGAACGGAGUGAAUGUAUUCAAAAUUCUGAAAUGCGCGCGUUUUUUCUCCCGUAACCCGCCAAUAGAAUCAUGCUACAUGCUACUGAAUAUUUGGGACAUCGUUGGCAGGUUUUUGCACAUCGGCACAUUUGGCAACACAACCCGGCCAAACAACCUUUGGAAUGCCUCAAUAAAAAAUCUUGACUUUGCGACUGUUAAUGACUAACGACAACCCGUAAGGGAUUGUGCCUCGCGAACGUUUGAUCGUUCCUGUUGGUUGCAAUUUCACCUCAACAUCCAUUGAAAUUACACUGCCACGCGAAAUGUAAAUGGAAAAGUCGCUCGUUUCAUUUGUGGCUGCUCCCUAGCUCGGCGAUGUGACAAACCACGGUUGUUCAACACAAUCGCUUCACCAAAACACUUCGUCGAAUACCUGUUUAAGUGAAUAACCAGGCUUUUAUGUAAUUCAGCUGAUGGAUCAACCCGCGUCUAUCGUAUGCUCGAUCGUUUGAUGCCUGCAGGCAGCUGCUUGUCAGGAGGGUAGGAUUCGGGCUGGAAUUAGGGAAGAGCUCUGUCGCAGAAUUAGCCUGGAUUUUAUUCCUGACAAAAGAAUUGGUCUGCCGAGGUCUGGAAUUGUUCUGGCGGACCCGCCGGAGGUAUUCGAAUUGCGCUGUGGAGCCUCGGAAUUGGGCUGUGCUGCGCCUGAAUUGGCCUGUCCGGGUGUCGAAUUGGCCUGUCCGGGUGCCGAAUUGGCCUAACAGGGUAUUGAAUUAGCCUGACAGGGUAUCGAAUUGACCUGUUCGGGGUGUCAAAUUGGCCUGACAGGGUAUCGAAUUAGCCUGACAGGGUGUCGAAUUGGCUGUCAAGUUGGCAGGAUUGGCCGGGGCUGGCAUCCAAAAGCACAUGACUUUUAAGGAAUUU